AUAUACUGUCCUCCAUCCCCCACUGCACAACGCUCCCUGCUAGAUAACUGCAUCUGCGUCCAGGCACCGGCCUAUAGCUGCUAUAGCUAUCAAGAUUCAAAUAUAAUCAGCCAUGGCGUCUAGGCCUCUCAGCAGCAGCAGCAAGUCCAUGGUGAUCAUGCGCGUCGUUGUUGCUGCGCUCGUCUUCUCGGCGGCCACGACCGCCAUGGCUGCUGGGCUGCAGAUGGAUUUCUACAGCAGCACCUGCCCGGACGUGGAGCAGAUCGUCAAGGAGGAGAUGGUGGAGAUCCUCAGGGCGGCGCCGGCGCUGGCCGGCCCGCUGCUCCGCCUCCACUUCCACGACUGCUUCGUCCGGGGCUGCGACGCCUCCGUGCUGCUGGACUCGACGCCCACCAAUACGGCGGAGAAGGACGCCAAGCCCAACCUCACCCUGCGCGGCUUCGGCUCCGUGCAGCGGGUCAAGGAUAGGCUCGAGAAGGCCUGCCCGGGCACCGUCUCCUGCGCCGACAUCCUCGCGCUCAUGGCGCGCGACGCCGUGGUGCUCGCCAGGGGCCCCUCCUGGCCCGUCGCCCUCGGCCGCCGCGACGGCCGCGUCUCCGUCGCCAACGAGACCAAGCAGCUGCCCCCGCCCACCGCCAACGUCACCACCCUCGUCCGGAUGUUCGCCGCCAAGGGCCUCGGCGUCAAGGACCUCGUCGUGCUCUCCGGCGGCCACACCCUCGGCACCGCGCACUGCAACCUCUUCAGCGACCGCCUCUACAACUUCACCGGCGCCAACAACCUCGCCGACGUCGACCCGGCGCUCGACGCCACCUACCUGGCCCGCCUCCGGUCCCGGUGCCGGAGCCUCGCCGACAACACCACGCUCAACGAGAUGGACCCCGGCAGCUUCCUCAGCUUCGACGCCAGCUACUACCGCCUGGUGGCCAAGCGCCGGGGGCUCUUCCACUCGGACGCCGCGCUGCUCACCCACCCGACCACCAGGGCCUACGUCCAGCGCCAGGCCACCGGCCUCUUCGCCGACGAGUUCUUCCGUGACUUCGCCGACUCCAUGGUCAAGAUGUCCACCAUCGACGUGCUCACCGGAGCGCAGGGCGAGAUCAGGAAAAAGUGCUACCUCGUCUUAAACUAACUCAUCAUCAUGACCAUCGAUCUCGAUCGCUUUUGCUGCUGCUUCCGUUUCGUUUGCAUUAUAUUAUAUAUAUUAUAUUGUUGGUCGAUUCAAUUAUUCGUUGCUUGGUUGAUACAUACAUACACAUGAUCAGUAUAUAUCAAUUACGCGUGAAUGAAGUUCUAAAGUUAUUUUGCUUUGACUCUGGCCGUCAGUAACUGCUGCUGCCGCCUAUGUACAUCGAUAUGUAAACUCCUGAUGUAUAUGUAGACUGAGUGCCAUGGAUCUUUCUUCUUUUCUUUGCUUUGUGGUUCAAAUGCUUGAUGUAAUACAAUAAUGACAAUCAAGGUAAUAAACAGUAUUACCAUACAUUCACAACU